GCUUUACGGUAUCUACUCCCAGAUAAUGUUACAUCUGUGUUGUUUGAUCUAUGCGCAUAUUUUAGAGAAGUAAGUGCAAAAGUUCUUUAUAUUGAAGAUCUUGAGAAGUUGGAGGAGAGAAUCAUAAUGACGUUAUGCCGUAUGGAGAUGAUAUUCCCGCCAGGAUUUUUUACUGUUAUGAUGCAUUUGGUUACUCAUCUAGCCACAGAGGCGAAAAUAGGUGGUCCAGUGUGCUACCGUUCAAUGUGGUUUGUUGAAAGGUAUCUAGGUAAACUCAAGUCAAAUGUCCGUAAUAGAGCUCAUCCCGCAGGAUCUAUAUGUGAAGCACAUUUGGCAGAUGAGGCCAUGGUGUUCUGUUCAAAGUAUAUUAUUGGUUUUGAGACAAAGCAUAACAUGCCUUCCCGGAACGAAGAUGGCGAGGAGUUGGUUGGCCAUCCUGACGUUUCACAAAGACCAACUUUAUUUCCUCAUGUUGGCGUACAACUUGGAAAGCCUAGAAAUUAUGUGAUGAAGAGUUUGGCUAAAGUACAGGCGCAUAGAUACGUCUUGUUCAAUUGUUCCAAAGUGAACUCAUACCUUAGAGCCCAUGCUGAUGAGGUCACCAGUAGGCGCAGAGUAAACCCAAAUACUCUCGAGAAGAUCCAAAAUGAGACAUUCCACGAGUGGUUCAAAGCUCAUAUAAAGAGUUUGGAGAAGAAAGAUAGCAUCGGUGGUGUUGAAAAUGAUAUUAGAUGGCUAGCUCGGGGCCCAGUUUCUGCAGCAAAAAGAUAUCGUGGUUUCAUCUCUCGAGGCUUCCGUUUUAGGCCCAAGCAUUUGGAUAAAGUGACACAGAACAGUGGAGUCAUGCUAACUGCAAAAACAUCUAGUUAUGCUGCAGCAGGAGAUGCAACUCCAGUUCUAGAUGAUGUGACGUACUAUGGGAGGGUAAUUGACAUCAUCGAGCUGAACUACUCCGGACAAUUUUCAGUGGUGCUGUUUGAAUGUGAAUGGGUUGAUGUAUUUUCUGAAGAAGGAAUGAAAAAAGACAAGUACGGCUACACACUUGUGAACUUCUCACAUCUGAUACACAAAGGAGAAAAGAUUGAGCAUGAGCCUUUUAUUUUCCCUAACCAGGCAGAUCAAGUGUUCUAUGUGGAAGAUGAAAUGAACCCAGGUUGGUCUGUGGUAGUGAAGCCACCCAAACCUAGAGAUUCAUAUGACACUGGUGACCUUGAAUCAGCAGCGGACAUAGAAUCUGAGCCAUUCCAUGUUUCCCACCUCGGGGAGAUGUUCAAAAAGAAAACAAAUGACCAACAUUGGGUUAGAACAGACAUCGAGGGAACAUUAGUGGAUGCUAAUAACAAUGCUCCGACCAACGAAGAGUAGGGGAAGUCAAUAAUUUAAUGACUUGGUCACUCAGGUACUUAAAAAAGGCAUGCAUGGGAGGGAGUAGCA